GAGAGCCCGUCACCCUGUUGGAGGUGUGUGAUGCUCUCUAGUGGAUGAGAGCCCGUCGCCCUGUUGGAGGUGUGUGAUGCUCUCUAGUGGAUGAGAGCCCGUCGCCCUGCUAUCCGUUGGAGGAUGUCUGCGUCUGACUCUGAUUACUCAAUAGACUACCUGGCCAGUGACAGUGAGGAUAAUGACAACGACAGCGGCGUGGGACUGAGCCCCGACGGACACACAGUCAGGACGGCACCUUCAUCCUCCGUACCUCCACCCUCAUCAUCAUCAUUAAGGGACUCUCCCAGUAACACUGACUGUGGUUCUUCUAAGGACGGGAUCUCGAGGCUAAACAGGAAUUCCAACCACGAGGAACCCCAUAGGCUGAGCAGUGACACAGGAGAUUUUGGGGACUCUGGCCUCAGUAGGGACGGGGACAGUGAUAAUUCCAACGAUGCUGACCCUCGACUGAGCAGGGACAGAGAUUGUAGUUGUGGCGGCACCCCUCCUCCAGCCACCUACGAGGGGGGCCGCUGCCCCAGUGAGACCCAGGGAUGUAGUCCUACUGUGUACGGUCAGCAGCAGCAGAGACUGUCAUGGAGCCCGACGGCCUCCUCUCAAGCCUGGGAUAGAAACAGUAGACAGAGUGGUACUGGGAAGCCUGGGCAGGGCAGGAAGAGGGCACACAGCCAUGGACGGCAUCCCGGAGACCAAGGCUGUAGGAACAGAGACCCAACGGAACCUGGGGAGCCUGAGAAGGAUCAGCUGUUUGCCCAGAAGUGUAUGGAGCUCCAGCGUUACCUCCAUCCCCUGUCUUCCAUCCUGAGAGGCCUGCGCUCUGGGAGGUACUCAGAACGUCUUAGCCGUUUCCAGGAGAGCGUUGCUAUGGACCGGAUCCAGAGAAUAAUGGGAGUCCUCCAGAACCCAAACAUGAGUGAGCGCUACGUCAGUGUGAUCCUGAAGAUGGAAGCGAUGCUCCAUAGCUGGUUUCCUCAAGUCAGAGCCCGCCCAGACCCAGACCCAGACCCAGACCCAGGCCCAGACCCAGACCCAGACCCAGACCAGCACAAUGACAGCCAGGAAGAGCACCACACUCCAGCUAAGAGACACAAGCAGUACCAGGCCCCAGCCCAGCCACCACCUCCAGCCUAUCCUCCCGUUGUCUCCCCCCCAGAGGGUGACCACCACCCAUCCCUGCGAGCCUCCGACGGACUCCUGCCCGGCUCCUUCCCCUACUCCUCUGCCACUCAUCUCAAACGUCUCCACACCGCCCCCAUCUGCUCCUCCAACACAGAGACAGAGACAGCCCAGCAAGAGCCACCGGGCCUGGUCAGACCCUCCAUCGCCUGCUCCCUGGGAUCCAACCGUCCAGCCGACGACCAGGAACAGACCCAAGACGACGCGGUCUCCUCCAGCACUGACCCCCAGGGGAGCACUGUGGACCCCCACGUCCAGACCCACCCUUACAGAGUCAGACCCCGAGCCCACCGACGAGGGCCUCCGUCGGGUAAGAUCAGCUCGCCCUGCCUGGAGAGGCUGCUCCAGUCCAAGGAGAGCAUCAUCUCACCCAGAAACAUGGGAGGUCAGAGUCCGGGAGGUGGUGGGGAGAGCAGCCGUUCGUAACAGCUAGACUCAGACAUGGUCCAUGGAGGAGAUAAGGACUGAUCUGGGCACAGAGUUGACCCGGGAGAGACUGAGCUGUAUCUUUCCACAACAGGCUCUCCAAUACAGCAGGGGGCAAAGGUCGGUGUCUGAGCGGGACGCUGUCUCUUUAAGAGCUGUGUGUCAUGUGAUCCAUCAUGUGAUCCAACUACGGUUGGUUUAUCUGCAGUAAGACACUGAGACAUGGAGGAGAGGAGAUAUAUUAUAGACCUGCAGUAAGACACAGAGACAUGGAGGAGACAUAUUAUAGACCUGCAGUAAGACACAGAGACAUGGAGGAGACAUAUUAUAGACCUGCAGUAAGACACAGAGACAUGGAGGAGAGGAGACAUAAACAAAACUAACCUUGGUUUUGUUUGUUAUCUUGAGGACAGACAGAGAGAGAGAGGUGUAAAACAGAAAGGGUCUUGGGUAAAGGAGAGAAACACGUCUCCAUCAGUCUCCUACAUGCAGUGGCCUUGCUCAUCACUUUCAUUUGGUGCAGUUGAGUUGGACUUAUCUGGACUGAGGAAGUUGAGUUGGACUUAUCUGGCCUGAGGGAGUUGAGUUGGACUUAUCUGGCCUGAGGGAGUUGAGUUGGACUUAUCUGGCCUGAGGAAGUUGAGUUGGACUUAUCUGGACUGAGGUAGUUGAGUUGAACUUAUCUGGCCUGAGGGAGUUGAGUUGGAUUUAUCUGGCCUGAGGAAGUUGGACUUAUCUGGCCUGAGGAAGUUGAGUUUGACUUAUCUGGCCUGAGGGAGUUGAGUUGGACUUAUCUGGACUGAGGUAGUUGAGUUGGACUUAUCUGGCCUGAGGAAGUUGAGUUGGACUUAUCUGGCCUGAGGGAGUUGAGUUGGACUUAUCUGGACUGAGGUAGUUGAGUUGGACUUAUCUGGCCUGAGGAAGUUGAGUUGGACUUAUCUGGACUGAGGAAGUUGAGUUGGACUUAUCUGGCCUGAGGAAGUUCAGUUGGACUUAUCUGGCCUGAGGAAGUUGAGUUGGACUUAUCUGGACUGAGGAAGUUGAGUUGUACUUAUCUGGCCUGAGGAAGUUGGACUUAUCUGGACUGAGGUAGUUGAGUUGGACUUAUCUGGCCUGAGGAAGUUGGACUUAUCUGGACUGAGGUAGUUGAGUUGUACUUAUCUGGCCUGAGGAAGUUGGACUUAUCUGGCCUGAGGUAGUUGAGUUGGACUUAUCUGGACUGAGGUAGUUGAGUUGGACUUAUCUGGCCUGAGGAAGUUGAGUUGGACUUAUCUGGACUGAGGAAGUUGAGUUGGACUUAUCUGGACUGAGGUAGUUGAGUUGUACUUAUCUGGCCUGAGAAAGUUGGACUUAUCUGGCCUGAGGUAGUUGAGUUGGACUUAUCUGGACUGAGGAAGUUGAGUUGGACUUAUCUGGACUGAGGAAGUUGAGUUGUACUUAUCUGGCCUGAGGAAGUUGGACUUAUCUGGACUGAGGUAGUUGAGUUGGACUUAUCUGGCCUGAGGAAGUUGGACUUAUCUGGACUGAGGUAGUUGAGUUGUACUUAUCUGGCCUGAGGAAGUUGGACUUAUCUGGCCUGAGGUAGUUGAGUUGGACUUAUCUGGACUGAGGUAGUUGAGUUGGACUUAUCUGGCCUGAGGAAGUUGAGUUGGACUUAUCUGGACUGAGGAAGUUGAGUUGGACUUAUCUGGACUGAGGUAGUUGAGUUGUACUUAUCUGGCCUGAGAAAGUUGGACUUAUCUGGCCUGAGGUAGUUGAGUUGGACUUAUCUGGACUGAGGAAGUUGAGUUGUACUUAUCUGGCCUGAGGAAGUUGGACUUAUCUGGACUGAGGUAGUUCAGUUGUAUUUAUCUGGCCUGAGGAAGUUGGACUUAUCUGGACUGAGGUAGUUGAGUUGUACUUAUCUGGCCUGAGGAAGUUGAGUUGGACUUAUCUGGACUGAGGAAGUUGAGUUGGACUUAUCUGGACUGAGGUAGUUGAGUUGGACUUAUCUGGCCUGAGGAAGUUGAGUUGGACUUAUCUGGACUGAGGAAGUUGAGUUGGACUUAUCUGGCCUGAGGAAGUUGAGUUGGACUUAUCUGGACUGAGGUAGUUGAGUUGGACUUAUCUGGCCUGAGGAAGUUGGACUUAUCUGGCCUGAAGAAGUUGAGUUGGACUUAUCUGGACUGAGGAAGUUGAGUUGGACUUAUCUGGACUGAGGAAGUUGAGUUGGACUUUUCUGGCCUGAGGAAGUUGAGUUGGACUUAUCUGGACUGAGGAAGUUGGACUUAUCUGGCCUGAGGAAGUUGGACUUAUCUGGCCUGAGGAAGUUGGACUUAUCUGGCCUGAGGAAGUUGGACUUAUCUGGCCUGAGGAAGUUGGACUUAUCUGGCCUGAGGAAGUUGAACUUAUCUGGCCUGAGGAAGUUGAGGGUGAUCAGAUGGAUAAAUGGCUGGACUGGAUAGCCUGGUUUCCCAUCUGGGAACAAGAAGGGUCUUAAAAGCAGGAAUAAUAACAGGAACAAUAACAGGAAUACUGGGAUAUGGGCUCUCGUUAUUCCGACAGCUGACAGAAUGUGAUUAGAUCCCAAAUGGCCCCCUGAUAUCCAUCCUGGUAGAGGAGUAUCCCAUGUGAAAGGUAACUAACCACUCACUCAGCUCUGACAGUUGGACUCUUCCUUCAUUCAGUCCACUUGUUUUUGUUAGUUGACACAAUAGCGCGACCUCAUGUUGACACCAUGUCCACGUUGGACCAUAGAUAGGAUCAACAACAACAACGAGACAACCUGACGUCAGCCAUUCCACCUAUCAGCUUGGCCCUGACACGACUCCCUGCUCCUCCUGUGUGACAUGCCAAGGGUCACUGUGGAGACCUUGAACUACACCAAGAGAAGAUUUAUCUGGUCACCGGCAGACAGACAGACAGUGCCUGUCAAGCAUUUCACUUGGGCUGUAAUGUGGUGAACUGAGAGAGAUGGAGAGAGAGACAGAGAGACUAUGAAGACAGAGAGAGAGACAGACUAUGAAGACAGAGAGAGACAGACUAUGAAGACAGAGAGAGAGUGACAGACUAUGAAGACAGAGAGAGACAGAGAGACUAUGAAGACAGAGAGAGAGUGACAGACUAUGAAGACAGAGACAGACAGAGAGAGAGAGACAGUCUUCCAUAGAGAGCCUUAGCUACAGAGUCAGGGACAAUAUAACAGUCCCAGUCCCUCCUACCAGCCAUUUCCUGUUCUAUCCAGUUAACCAUUAUCUCUGACAAUCCUUCUACACACCAGAUAAUGGCUGGGUCCCCAAUGGUGCCAUUUGGGAUGCAAUCAAUGUGGGAAUCAUAUCUGACACCAGAUACCAUGUGAUGUAAACAAUAUCUGACACCAGAUACCAUGUGAUGUAAACAACAAUAUCUGACACCAGAUACUAAAUACCAUGUGAUGUAAACAACAAUAUCUGACACCAGAUACUAGAUACCAUGUGAUGUAAACAACAAUAUCUGACACCAGAUACUAGAUACCAUGUGAUGUAAACAACAAUAUCUGACACCAUGUGAUGUAAACAACAAUAUCUGACACCAGAUACCAUGUGAUGUAAACAACAAUAUCUGACACCAGAUACUAGAUAACAUGUGAUGUAAACAACAAUAUCUGACACCAGAUACUAGAUACCAUGUGAUGCAAACAACAAUAUCUGACACCAGAUACUAGAUAACAUGUGAUGUAAACAACAAUAUCUGACACCAGAUACCAUGUGAUGUAAACAACAAUAUCUGACACCAGAUACUAGAUACUAUGUGAUGUAAACAACAAUAUCUGACACCAGAUACCAUGUGAUGUAAACAACACUAUCUGACACCAGAUACUAGAUACCAUGUGAUGUAAACAACAAUAUCUGACACCAGAUACUAGAUAACAUGUGAUGUAAACAACAAUAUCUGACACCAGAUACUAGAUACCAUGUGAUGUAAACAACAAUAUCUGACACCAGAUACUAGAUACUAUGUGAUGUAAACAACAAUAUCUGACACCAGAUACCAUGUGAUGUAAACAACAAUAUCUGACACCAGAUACUAGAUACUAUGUGAUGUAAACAACAAUAUCUGACACCAGAUACCAUGUGAUGUAAACAACAAUAUCUGACACCAGAUACCAUGUGAUGUAAACAACAAUAUCUGACACUAGAUACUAUGUGACGUAAACAACAAUAUCUGACACCAGAUACCAUGUGACGUAAACAACAACAUCUGAUUCUAAACUGGCUGAUGUGUGAACGACAUACACAUUGUUGAACAAUGUCUUCUGACUCAAACGAUGGGAAGGAGUGUUUUGUUUGUUUGUUUGUUUGUUGUGUAAAUAUAUUUUUUGGGGGGACAACGUUCCAAGGUUGAUUUACUUUAACCUCCCUAAAAGGUGGCCUUUUGUGACGUUUUUUUUAAUACUAUAAUAAAAAAAUAAAUGUGAUGAUAUUUGUUUUCUGCGAAACAAAGUGUUUCUCCAUUAACGUUUUGUAUUAUAAUGAUAUAAUAUUCUGAUUUCACGUCGGUUUAACUUCUAAACCGACCACUUCCAAGACCCCGCUAUUGAUCACAGAAUAAACUCAAGUCUGUUCUGAAGCCUUUUAUUCCGUUUGUUUUUGUUUGUUCCGGCUUUAGGAAACCCAGCAUUGGCAAUUUAAAAAAAAUGAAAACAAAAAUAAAUAUGGAUAUUUAAUGUAAAACAUUUUUCCUAAUGAAACAUUAUACACAAUUGUACAACAUCAUUUUUUAAAAAUGUUCUUCUUCACUUGGGGUGAAUGAACACUCUUAUACACAUUUUCCCAACGGCUGAAUAAACAUACCUCCAUGCUAAAAAGAAAACCCUGAAAGAAAUGAAGCGAUUAAAAAAAAAAA